UCAAACGUUUGUAACUGCUCAAAUUCGUCAAACAAAAACCCGUUGUUAGAAAGAAGACGAAGUAAUGCGAGGCGAGAGGCAAACAAGAAAUGCAAAUGCCCUGAACGAGAUUAUUUGGGGCAUCCGACAAGAGCAAGAACUUCGGAGCCCGUCGAUCGGGUCGUUUUAGGGGUCGGGCAAUUUUGGAUCCGCAAAAAUGAUUGGUUGGUGCAAUCAGUUGCGGGGCGCUUUUGGUGCUUCUUUUCUCUGGCUCGUUUGCUUGAUUUACUUCACCCAGGGUUUUAGAUCUUUUGUAUGGACUGCAGUUUCGUAUCAACUGAAAGAUGGGUUGAAAUUAUCGCCUUCAGCUUCCCAGUUUGUCUCUUCAGUGGCAUUCUUUCCAUGGAGUGUGAAACCUCUUUACGGAAUUGUAUCUGAUUGUAUCCCCAUCAAAGGAAGAAAAAGAAUUCCGUAUCUCAUACUGGCCACUUUGCUAUCACUCCUUCCAUGGCUUGUUUUAGGAACCAGUGGAACUCUUAGGACCAAAAAGGUGCAGCUAAUGAUUUUUCUAACAGUGCAAAAUCUGGGCUCGGCCAUGGCUGAUGUGGUAAUUGAUGCCAUGAUAGCCGAGGCUGCAAGAUUAGAACGGGCUUUAUUUGCGGGUGAUCUUCAAUCGAUGUCUUGGAUGGCAAUGGCUUUGGGAGGAAUCUGUGGGAGUUUGCUAGGUGGUUAUGCAUUAAACAAUCUUAGGAUGGAUGAAAUUUUUCUUAUCUUUUCGGUUUUACCAGCAAUGCAGCUUGUUUCUUGUCAUUUUGUGGAGGAGGGCUCUACAGCUGCUAAAAGCUUCUCAAAGCUUUCCAUCUCAAACGGAACUCACCUGACAAAUGAAAACAUUGAUGAUAAUUAUAGUUUCUCCAAUGGGAAGUCUAAGGGUCGCGCAUCAAGGAGAAAAAGGAGCCAGAAAGAUACCGAAAAUAGAACAGUCCAAUCUGGUGACCUCGAAAUUCCUGAAAAGGAUGAACCAUCCUUACGCCUGUUUCAAUCCAUCAAAUCAGCAAGCUAUGCUCUGUUCAUGGCUUUCCGGCAGCCAAUCAUUCUGAGACCAAUGGCUUGGUUCUUUUUAGCGCAUGUAACUGUCCCAAACCUCUCGACAGUAAUGUUCUACUACCAGACAGAGGUUUUAAAGUUGGAAGCAUCCUUUUUAGGGACAGCACGUGUUCUUGGGUGGUUAGGCCUCAUGCUUGGAACCUUUGUUUACAACCAAUACUUGAAGAAAAUGAAAUUGCGAAGAAUUCUCAUGUGGGCUCAUAUUGGUUUGGCCAUUUUGAGUUCCCUAGAUAUAGUUUUGGUUACCCGAACCAAUGUAUCAUUAGGUGUAUCAGAUAAGAUAUUGGUGUUGUUUGGGUCUGCUCUUGCAGAUGGCAUAAAUCAAUUCAAGUUUAUGCCAUUUUUGAUCUUGUCAGGGCAGCUAUGCCCUCCAGGGAUUGAAGGGACUUUAUUUGCUCUUUUCAUGUCAAUUAACAACUUGGGCUCCACAGUGGGAUCUUUUGUUGGAGCCGGGCUUGCUUCUGCGCUUGACAUAUCUUCUUCAGGAUCUUUUGACAACCUCUCGAUUGGCAUUUUUGUUCAGGUCAUCUGCACAUUCGUUCCGGUUGCUUUUCUGUUUUUGAUCCCCAAGGAUGCUACGGGGGUAUCAGCUUAGUUCAUUCAUAAUCAUUAUUUGUGUUCAGGCUGUACUGCCCGUGGCCGCCUACGUCACUCUCACCUAUUUUCUUCAUUCAAACCACAGAAAAUAUUAGAUACUGGAAAUUCAUAACUCGAACUUCAUUAGAUUUAUACAGAGUGUGCAUUUUUCAUACGGAGAAAUGACUGCUAAUUUUACAGUGGAUCUACACAUCAAGGGAACUAUCCAUUUGAAACUUGUUGACUUUUCCAACAGACCAUCAAGAAUAAUUUGAAAUUCCUUAAAAGCAUUGGGGUAUUCAACUCAGACUCCUGUGAAGUAAAAAUGUGCUGAGGAAUUUAUAUUUGUCCAUUAAAAGAAGUAUUUGGAUUUCAUCAUGAUUGAUGAGGUAAGAGAAUCCCCGAGGAUAUAUAUUUGCUACUCCUAGUAAGGAUUCUUAUGCGCUCCUACAUUUCAGCAAUAGCUCGAAGGAGUAGAAGAGAGGAGAUUCAGGAGAAUAACUGUUCCUUUUGAAUAAUUAUGUUCUAAAACUCUGAACAAUUCAUCUAACUGCAACUCCGGACUCUCCCCAAUUCAAUGGCAUAGGUGAAUGCAAAAAAUCAAAACUCUUCAAGACAUGAUGAAUGUCAUAUUAUGAACUCGAUUUCAAUAACUCUAAAAU